CGCGGCGCGGCUAUCGCAUCAGGAAACUGUGCAUGUGUGUAUUGUGUAUGUUUGUGCAUGUGGCACGUGUGUGCAUGUGCUGCUCGAUUUACUUAUACGCGCUCAACCUAUCAUCUAAAAAUAGAAAAUAUGAAUACAUAAUUAGGUACAAGUCUAACGUAACCGAGUCUACAUAUUCUGCACGAACUUCGCCCGAUAUCGAGAUCAGUAAAAUUGAAGAUGAUCUUGAGAACAUCAUUCCAUCUGAGGUGGCAUCGUUAGAAAGUGAUCUGCGGUCGACAGUGACCAAUCAGACGGCUCUAGACAUCAUGCUUGAGAUGACGGAUUCUUUGACUCAAUCAUCUAAGAUGGCAGCUGGUAAUCUGAGUGAAAUCACAGAGAAGAUAUCACUUAAUGGAUUGGAUACCAGUCUGCUCAUUAGUAGAAUUGAUUACUAUGACUAUUUCAGGUGGAUGGGAAUGGUCCUCUUAUUGACCUUUCAACUUGUGACCUGUCUCUUUGUCCUGUUGGCAGCAUCCAGGUCAUCUAGAUAUCUAUUAGUCUUGUCCAGUAUAUUAAGCAUUGUGUGUAUCUUGAUGAUCUGGUGUUUGGUUGGAGCUGAACUCUUCAUUGAAGUGGGUCUUGGUGACCUCUGUGUUGCUCCUGAUCAGUACAUCAUGACAGAAGCUGGUAAGACAUCACUAAUAUCACCUGAUGUUCUUGAUUACUACUUGAAGUGCACAGAUAGCAUCAUUAAUCCAUUUAGCUCGUCAAUCACUGAAGCAAACAAUGAUCUUGCCUCGGCUCAUAAAUCAGUCACAUCACUGGAGGACAUGGUCAAAGAAUAUUCCCCAUCCUCACAGACAUAUAUUGAUGCAGUUGAAGUAACAUUGUCUGACGUAACCGGGAAUACACAGCAAGUAACAGCAUUAGUUGAUUGUACUGGCAUUCACAAAGAUUACAUUACAGCUCUGCAUGGCAUAUGUUACAAUACAAUAGCUGGAGUUGGAUUCUUAUUAAUUAGUGGCAUAGUCCUUGGUCUGCUGAUUACAUUGAUACUGUGUAUGUCAUCUACAUUAGCAGCCAGGAUAGCAAGGAGGAAGAUCAACUACGAGGUAGACCAGGAGGAUCCUUUCCUUCCGCCACCAACCUCGACGGCGACGUUGGAGAGAUUUAGAAGAAGAAAUCAAGAUGAGCCGGUUAGGGUCACACCCCCUCCUCUUGCCCCCAUCUCACCGACCACUACCAGACCCCAUUCACAACAUGGUUUUGGCAACAGGUCGAUUCCAUCCCCUCCCCGGUAUCACAGAUACGAACCUCCCUUUGAUAUGGCGAACGCCCGUCCCUCCGGCCGUACAUCCUACGUUUCACAUCAGAGAGAUAGUUAUUUGGAAGACACAGUAACACCUUCAAGAGGGAACUAUGACACACCCCCUCCCACUUAUACCAUGGCCAUGAGGAGAGAUGGGAAUAGACGAACACCUGAUAGGUCAUCAAGGGAAGAAUCAUCCAAUCAAAAUAGGUUAUCAGCUGGAUCUGCAAGUCUCGUCUGACAAUGGCUUCUAUGGCAGACAUAAAAGUCUGCUCUAACUACAGGGACAAUUGAUUUCAGACAUGUGUCUGUUUGUCAUCAGACAAAAGUCUGCUCCUCAAAAGACAUAAGUCUGUGUGUCGACAGAUAAGUCUGUUCAACUCCAAGGACAAUGAUUUCAGACAUGAGUCUGUUUUUCAUCAGACAAAAGUCUGUUCUUUAACAGAUGCGAGCUGUGCGUCAACUUACAUCUCUUCAUCUUUCUUUUCUGUGUCAGACAUUAGUCUAUCAUCUCUAAACUCAUGUUACAAUGGGUUUUAGAGCUGUCUGCUCAUGUUCAAAGUCCAUUGGCGGUGGUUUCUACAACAGACAUAAGAAUUUUCAUCUACAAGCUCUUAUAAAACACCUGUACCUGCUAAUCUCGGGACUUCAGUUUGAUAGCUUGUACAAGUGUAUGUCAGACAAAAGUCUGUUCUUCUUCAAACUCAUAUGGUAAUGGUUUGUAUAACAGACAAAUGUAUCUUUAUCUGUAGACUCUUGGGAUAAAGAUUUCAAUUGCAGUCAUAAGCAUUUUCUUCAGAUCCCUAUACAAUUGCUUCAACAGAAUUAAUUUGUUUCAAAGAUAAAUCUUUUCAAUGUGUCUGAAAGAAGAAGCAAUUGAAUUGGAUGUGUAUCUGGUAGCAUCCAUUUAUCAGAUAAAUCCUGUAUGUUAUUUUUAUCUGUCUGAUAAGAUUGGAUUGACAUUUUGAUUUUGUUUAUCUUGUCUAUUCCUGCUAUGUUUUGAAUUCAGUUUAUUUUAUUCAUAUCAAGUAUUUGACAAUCCAUUGCUGUUGAGCAUAUUGUAUCUUAUCAACUGGCUCUCUAAUGUUAAGAAGAACAGUUUCAUAUCUGAUGCUUGGGAUGCCAUAGGGCAUUAUAAAUGUUUCUGUUACAUCAGACUUAAAAAAAGAGGCUAGCUUCAUGCUGAUAUUAAGUGCUAUUUUUUUUUUAAUAAAAAUGUUAGGGGGUAAUACUAGUAAUGAGACCUGAUAGUUUGGUUCCGUGAUAUAUCUACAUUUCAUACAACAUUUAGAUCAGAAAAUAAAUUCCAUUGAAGCUGAAAUUGCACACAUUGUCUUUUAGAUUGCUGUCAAUAUCAAAUUCUAUAAUUUCAUGACAAAUAUGUUUGUGACCAAUCAAAUAUCCUCUCAAUUUCAGGAGCUUGCAACAGUAACUUUUAGCUUGCCAUCGAUUUAAAAGUUUUGCGAAAUGGAUGACACAAGCCCAUUUUAAUGAUACUUUUGGAGUCGCUGGACACACAAAUGUUUGGGUGGGGUGAAAGAAAAUGAUAACUUUUAUACUGAGUAAUAUUUUGAUAACAAGUAGUAAUCCAUUUUAUAACCUAUAACUGUUAGAUGCCUUUGAAAAUAAUAUUGUAUAGUCAUCUUUAUCAUAACUUGCAAAGUAUCACAUUCCUUUCAUAUGUAUAUUUAAGAAGUAAAAAUCUUAUCAAAAAUGCAUUGCAAAGUAACAAAUUAUUGAAUUCCCUUGAUGUAAUAUAUGUAGGAAGAAUUACAAUUUAUACUUUCUCUAAGCUUUCUUGCCAAGAGCCAUGAAUGCCUGAAUUAAUCUCAUUUACCAUCUUAAUAUCCCAAACUUUGUUUACUCCAGCUUGAGGUCUUUCCAUCAUUGUCAUUCAUGAGGAAUGAGUUAUAAUUUUCUGGCACAAGAUGUUGUAAAAAAGACUAGAAAUACUUGUUAGUUCUUCAUCCUUGGGGCACAGCCAAAAACUUGCCCAUCAGACAUUCCUUUGUCACCUAGUUGUAGGGUUAUAAUCGGGUCAAGGAAAGUAAGUUUUUGUAGUACACCUAUGUCUAAGUUUAGCAGUUCGACGUUCCUUGGAUGGAAUGAGAUUAUUUUCAUAUACUUGGGUAGACAAUUUCAAUAAUGAUAAUAGAACAUUCCCUUCUAUGAUACAUCAUGAUUAAAAUCACAUUCUCUACAUAUAUGUAUUAACCAGGAUUGUAAUAUCCUCAAACCUAUGAUGGCAAUUUUCGAUAUCAAUUGCAAUUUUAUAUCAAUAAUUUUUACAUUCUAACUUAUAACCCCAUUCAUCCCCUUUAGAGAUUUAACUUAUGUAUUAUCUCAAUAUUGCCCAUUCCUUGUGGAUCCAUCAAAAUAUCUUGAUCAUUUGUAGCAUUUUUUAUUUUCCUAUGUCUUUUUUUAAUAAUAUGAAAAUUUAUUUAUUGUCAUACAUUGAAUUUAUUGCCGUACAUUGAAUUUACUCUCUGUAUAUUAAAGAGUUACAUGAACAAGUUUCUAUGUAUACAUGUUGUACAAGAUAAGAUGUAUACUUUGCUUGCCAUAAUGUUAGUGCAUAUUGUUAUGUCUUGUUCGAUAAUCCUACAUAAAGGAGUUCUACAUGAUAUAUUUUUCCAAUGUUCAUCAUGCUGUGAAUGAAAGCAAUGUCAUUUUAUUCAAGAUCUAAAGGAUAAUUUCCUCAUGAAUUUAUGGUUAUAUAAUGCAACAACACAUUUAUGAUAUGAACUCCUAUAAGAAAUGUUCUACCCUCAAAAUGGCAAAUAGAAAUGCUUAUAACAUUUCUUGCAAUGACUUUAUUUACAUUCAAAUAGAAGCAUGAUGGUGGUUAGGAUCACGUAUCACUGAACACUAUUGUAUUCAUUAUAUGAUGCAUUACACUUCGUUAUAAAAUGGAUUCCACUUUGUUCACGUGUGCUCUUAACACAGUGGGCACAAUGAACAAUCGAAAAUUGAGAGGAAAAAGAACAUGACAAAUCCCACCACUUUUUUAUGUCACAAAAACUAUGUUUGUGUUUAUUUAAGAACCUAUUGCUUCUUUAUUACGUAUUGAUCAAGUUAAAUUCAAACUUGAAAAAUUCAAAAUCCAAUGCACAGUGUCGGUGAAUUACCUGCUAUUUUGCACCACGUUUUUAGAACAAUAGUGUUCAGUGAAGCUUGGUCCUAGAGACCUAAUUCAUGUUUCUAAUUUAUGAAUUCGAUAGUUUCUAACAAACAACCAUGAAAGAUGAGUUUCUUUUUCAUAGAUAUACCCUUUACAACUAGUUAAAUAUGACACUGAUAUUAACACUGACAGGCUUAGGCAUUAUCUUGGCAAAAGAAGUAUCUACACAAAAUGAAAUGACCUACACUCUAAUUUUAUAUCAAACUGGCUUUUUUAAAGAAACAUAAUAUUCUUAUGGCUGCUGUUUUAAUUGGCUUGAAUAUACAGAAAUAGUUGAUGCCUUUAUAGUAACAGUAUAUUUUUUCUACUAAUUGAAAAUUUGAUAAAAAUUUGCAUCAAAGUUGUUGAAGCUGUAUUUUGAGAGAAUGAGAAUUCAAAUUGUAAUUUUCAUAAUAUGGUAAUUAAUGAAGGUAUUUUGUACUUAUGAUUAAAUAUAGAUCUACAUUGCAUUGUACAUAUUUGUAAAUUAUAUGGAUUUCCUAUUAGAAUUGGUUUUAACAUGAGAAAUAAACAAUAUCAAUUUGAAAGUUAGAUAAAUUUUGUGUUGAAAUUUGACAACUUUGUUAUUAAGUUUUUCAUUAACCAUUGGAUAUAUGCUUUUUACCCAUUCAAAAUACAAAGAAUAAGAGUGUCAGUUAUUGUUAAUGGGCUAAAGAUCUUCUUUUUUUUACACCUCUCAGCAGAUCUAAACUUUCACUGUUUGUGUUUUCUCUUAUUUAUAGUUUUUUGUAAGAAAUGCAAUCAUUAAAAAGUAUUUUGAAAUGUAGUUGUAAAGGAAGAAACUUGUACAAAAUGAAUGUGUAUGGUGCUUUUAUCUAAGACAAUCAUGUAUUACAUUAUAAAUCAAAUCUCUUAAAAAGUGCAUUCGUUACUGGAGAAUCAGACUAUUUCAAAUUAAAUUUCAUUCUUCUUAUCAAUACCUGUGUAAAAUGAGGCUGCAAGGAGCCGGUAUCUUCUUAUCAUGUAGAAUAAUUUUAUUUUGUGCAGGAAUAUGUUAGGAUUUCUGUUUCUCUUAUUUAUUUUGUUUACUACUAAAGUGCUGCGGUAGUAUACAUGUAUUUCAUUUCCUUUCUCCCCCACCCCCUCAUCAAUGUACAUUCAUUGAAAUUAGGUUAUUUCUGUUACUUACAGCAGUGUACAGUACAUAUUGAUGCUUCAAAAAAUUUAGUGUAUUUGUCAUAGAUACACGCGGAUGAGAGUUUUUUUAUCUUGAUAUCUUGUACUAAAUAAAUUGUUGCUGAUUAUCAAACUUAUUGAUUUGCCAACCAUGAAAUAACUCUCUAAAAUGCUUCCAGUUAUAAGUAAUGCAUCAUCACAAUUUCCUCUAUGUGUAGAUUAGUCCUUCCUACAUUGUAAAUAUGCACUGAUUUGUCUAGGUCUUUCCUUCCUGCCCGCACAAACAGUUAUAUCCUCUAACAACAAAAAAGAGACAUGUUUUUAGACUAAUGCACGUAUACAUCAGUAUGUAUUGGGUAUAAGGCACAUCAGUUUACAUUGACCAAUCUCUAGAGAACUUUUACAGCUGAAUGUUUAAAUUGUUGUACUUAGCAGUUAAAAUGCAACAAAUUAUGUCGUUGUUUGCUUUCCAAAGUUGAGAGAGAUUUCCACCCAAGACGGGACUGGGUUCCAUAUUUAAAUGACUGUUUUAAUGCAUGCGCUGUAAUCCUAGAAACAUAUUUUUGAUCAAAUUUGGCCUACUCUAUGACAAGUCUUCCUCUUCAGAUAAGCUCCUUUUCUGCCAUAGCAUUUACAUUUAUCAAGUCAAUGUAAGAACACUCACAUCACCACUGAUUAAAGGCUCCAGGCUGAAAAUAAUAUGAAUAAAUGGAGUAAAAGUAGACAAGCAAAACCUGUAUUUCAUCAAAUUUGAUGAUCAAUAACAAAGAUGUUACAAGUUAAAACUUUUUCUUUACUUUGAUGAAACAGUUCUAAGUAGAAAUAUGUGCUGAGAGAAUUGAUGAUGUCAUCCCCCACUUUUUAUUUUUAUUACAUGAUUUCAAUUUUCUGGUCCAAAAUGUCUUUAAAAAGGACUGAUUAAUGACCCAUUGUGUGAUAGUAUUGCUUUAACUUAUGUUUUUACAAGGGAGAUAUACUUCAAUACACAUAUAUGACCCAAAAAAAAUAAGAUGUCAUAUUAUUAUAAAAUACGAAUGGGAAGGAAUGGGGAACUGAUAUCAUCUGCUCACUCAAUGCAUGUCCAUGACAACAUACAUGUACAUAAAGUGUUUCACUAAAAUAAUGUAAUAACUUUGCUAUUUCUCAUCAGAUUUUGAAGUUUUCAGCCUUUUGCUUGUUUCAUUUUUGUAUAAUUUCAUAUUCAAAUCAUAUUAUUUUCAGCCUCAAAUACUUUGUCAUGUUAAGGGAAAUAUGACUAUAGCUUCAUGUGUUUAUUGUGUUGGGGUGUUCCUAUGCCCAUACAACACAGAUCUACUAUAAGGUGUUCUUACAAUGAUGUGACAAUUUCUAAACCAACAAUCAUACCAUGAUGUAAUUGGUUAGUAUCUUCUGACCUCAAAACUUCACUAUAAUAGUGACUACAUUAUGUAUUAAAAGCCUGUUUUUUAUUGAUUUUUUUAAAUUAUGAUUUUAUCAGUACAUUCUCUUGUAAAAAAGCUGGGUGUAUAUUACUUUGCUAUUUUGCACAGAAUAAUAUUAUAUUGUAUAGAUAUAUAAUUUGUGUAUAUACAUGUAUCUAUAAUGUAUUUGCAUAUCUGGAAAAUUAUCCAUUGCAAUUGAAGCACUUUUUAUGCAUAUUAGAAAUAAAAAAUGUAUAAAUAAUUCAUCUUUGUAUCAUUUUUGUGACUUCUGUUGUCAUUCUAUAUAUAUGAGCACCAAAUUAGACAACUAGUUAUUCAUGAUUAGUGAAUUUGUGGACUUGAUGGAAAUGAUGGAGCAUAAAGUUAAGCUUUUUGUUACAAGUCAUGACAGAAAAUGUCUCACAGUGACUGGGGAAAAAGGCAUUUAUGAUGCACUAAGCUAUUGUGUACAAUAACAUUAGCGAUAUUCCCUGAAGAAUGAUAAGAUGUAAUUCUGGCAAAAGUAGUGUGUACUGUACAUAGACAAAAUGAUAUAUAGGACUACACAAAUAUUCUCAUUUGAACCAUUUCAGCUCUUUUGUAUCACAAUAUGAAUGUCCGGCAUUUGAAGAGAUUUUCUUUGAAUUUUUCUGAAAAAUGCAAAAAUAAAUUGAAAAGUUCAAACAUUUUUCUUCAUCUUACACCAUAUUAGAACCAAACAAAUUAAAUUUCUGUUGAAUUUCGCCUGAAACAUUUCAGCUGUUUUCUUUUUUAUUUAUUUAUUUAUUUUAUUUUUUGUUGGGGAUGUCAUAUUUAGAAUAUGAAGGCAUAAAAAAAGCUUUAGAGGACAUUGAUGGAGCCAUGAUAAAAUAGAUGUACCCUGUUACAACCGAUAAUGUCGGAGUGACGCAUGAUGUUACGCAAUGAUCGUCCAAUGCAUAUAAUAUCACAGUCAAUGCGUAAUGUAACUUUUCUAAUGCAUGAAAUCACAUGUCCCAACACAUAAUGUCGCAGCGGUGUUUGCUUCAGGACUCGAGUUACAGUUACAAAUAAGAUAUGAAUGUUUUCACUCAGUAUUUUGUUCAAGCUUUGUCA